AUGUCUUCUCUCUCCAACCAGCCUCCGACGGGGCCGUUCUCGGAGUACAGCGAGCUGUGCAAGGUGCCGUCCUCCCUGCAGAGCGCGCAGGGGCCCCAGGGCUGGGAGUGGCAGCACGGCGGGGAGGUGGGGGCCCCCCGGGGCCUGGCGGGGCCUCCGAGGGCCGCCGGGCUGACCGACGAGGACAAGCUCUGCUUCUUCGAGGGCCCGGGAGGGGUGGGGGUCGGCGGGGUGGACUCAGAGCUGAAGGUCCCGGGCCGGGGGGCCGGGGGCGUGUCGCUGGGCAGCGCCGGGGAGAGUCCGGAGAGCCCGCUGUCCUCCUCGCCCUCGCCCGGCAAGCCGCCGGCCUUCCUGGGGUCCGGGAACAACGGGGCCCUGCCCCCCGACAUCUCCGCGACCUCUGACCCCCUGCGGAAGCCGAGCGGCGGCGGGGCGGCGGGGGCGUGGAGCCCCACGUCCGGCCCCAAGCCGGCGCCCAACUACUGCGUCAUCGGCGUCGUCAACGACAACUACCUGGAGGGCGGCGGGGACGGCGGCGGCGUCGCCCCGGCGACGGGGCCGGCGGGGUCCUCGGAGGACAGCGAGGACGACAUGGCGCCCUGCUUCAUGGGCCGCGCCGAGCAGCAGCGCAAGGCCAUGCGCCGCGCCAUGUCCGAGUGCUCCCACCUGUCCGUGCCCGCCAGCCUGGAGCUGCCCGACAAGUACCCCGACAACAAGUUCGGGCCCCUGGACGAGCUCCCGUCCCCCGGGGCCGGCCCCCGGAGGCCCCACUCCGCCAUGAAGCGCUCGCUGACCGUGGCCGACGAGCAGCCGCCCACUCCUCCCCCGACGAUGUCGCUGUCCGCCGGGGCCGCCAGGUCCGACCUGCGGGCGGGCCCCGGGGCCCUCGGCGCGCUGCAGCAGAGGGACGAGGGCGGCUUCCCGCUCUCGCCGCCGGAGGGCGCCGUGGAGCCGGGGGCGCCGGGCAGGGAGCAGGGCGUCCUGAUCCCCGUGCCCGCCGUGGCCUGCCCGGCCUUCAACGGCGCGCACGCCUCCAACCCCUUCAGUGUGGCGGAGGUUAAAGCUGAGAAAACAGACAACGUUCAGAAGGUGGAUAAAUUUGACAUGUUCGACACAAAGGACGUGAAAAUGGACAAGUUCGACAUGUUUGGGAAGACGGAUAAGCCAGACAGUAUGGACAAGUACGAGAAAGAGAAGACCGAGAAGGUGGACAAAAUGGACUUCCUGGAUAAAAUUGACAAAGCAGAGAAGAAGAUGGAGGAGAAGGCAGACAAGUUUGAUCUGCUGGACAAGCAGGAGAAGAUGGAGAUGAAAGACAAAGCGGAAAAGAUGGAGAAAGUGGAGAAGGUAGCCCAUCAGGAAAAGGCGACGGAGAAGGUGGCAGAGAAGAUCGACAAGACGGAGAAAGUGGAAAAAGUCGAGAAGUUAGAGAAAGUAGACAAAGUAGACAAAGACAAGGAGGCAAAGACAGAAAAGUUAGACCAGGCUGAGAAGACGGAGAAGGUUGAGAAGGAUGAGAAGGUUGAGAAGGUUGAGAAGGACGAGAAGAAGGCGGACACGGAAAAAGCCGACAAGGGAGACAAAGCAGAGAAGAAACCGGCCGGAAAGGCCCCGGUGACGAACGGGGUGAGUGCGCCAGGCAAGGAUGCCACCAGCCCAGACAAGAAGACCAAGCCUGCCGCCGCCGCGUCCGCCAAACCGAGCGCCGCCAAACCGCGGCCGAACUCGCUAUCCGCGGGCGCGGCCGCCCCCAAGCGCCCGCCCCCCUCUUCCGCCAACUCCGCCGCCCCCGGCAAAAAAAGCCCCAUGCCUAAGGCCACUACCCCCACCGCUGGCGCCAAGCGGCCCCCCUCCGCUACCACGCGCCCCCCCACCGCCACCACCCCCCGGGAGGUCAAGCCCAAGACCAGCGCCACAGAGAAGCGCCCCCCAGUGGCCAAGGCCAGCACUGCGGCCGCCUCCAAAAAUGGCUCGUCGGCCGCGGACGCACCGAAGCCCCGCGUGCCCCUGUCCACCCGAAGCGCCGCCAGCGCCCCCCCCACCCGACGCCCCCCAGCUACCAAGACUGACGGCAAACCAGCAGAGGUGAAGAAGACCAGCACACUAAAGACGACCCCAGGUGACUCCAGUCGCCCCAAGACCACCCCAAACCGGGGCCCGGUCACCCUGUCCAGCACCCUGUUGGGGAGCACGGCCGCCACCCGGGCCCGUGCGGCUGCCGCGGCCGCCGCGGCCGCCAAACCCUCCCCCCCCGCCCCCGUCGAGAAGAAGCCCCCGGUGCCCCGCGCCCCCCGGCCCGCCGCCUCCGCCGCGCCCCGCCCCGCCACCGCUCCCGCCCCCGGCCCCGCCCCCGCCCCCGACAUCCGGAGCAUCCGCUCCAAGAUCGGCUCCACCGACAACAUGAAGCACCAGCCCGGCGGAGGCAGGGUCUCCGCAGCACAGAGCAGAACUGACACUCUGGCGCAAGGUUCCCUCACCAAAGACAAAGUUCAGAUAGUCAACAAAAAGCUGGACUUCAGCCACGUCACCUCACGCUUGGGUUCCAAGGACAAUAUCAAGCAUGUGCCGGGUGGUGGGAAUGUCCAAAUACUGAACAAGAAGGUCGACCUAAGCAAAGUGACAUCAAAGUGUGGCUCCAAGACCAAUAUCAAGCACAAGCCUGGGGGCGGUGAUGUGAAGAUAGAGUCCCACAAGGUCAACUUCAAGGCUCAGUCCAAAGUGGGGUCGAUGGACAACGUGAGCCACGAACCGGGCGGUGGUAACAUCAAGGCUGAGGGGACAGAGGAGGCAGCUGGGGGGGAUGUGGCGCCCUCUAGUGGCUCCCCGGUCACGGUGCCGGCCCAGGAGAAUGGCAUUAAGGAGGGCCCAGCCAGCGGGGGGGGUCAGGGUCUCCAGGACCCCCAGGGCCUGGACUCACGCAUCCCCGAGACAAGCAUUUAACCCUCCUUUGUACUAUCACUCUACCCUCUCCAUCUCCAAACCCCCACACACACACCUUCUCCAUUCUUCUCCUUCUGAUUCACACCCCCUCCCUCUCUUCUCUCUUUCUCCUUCUCUCUCUCUCUCUCUCUCUCUCUGUCUCUUCUUCUCUGGUU